CACCGCCUGCCGCUAUCCCGACAGCCCUCGCGCGGGCGCGCGGCUUUAAGCGAGCGGAAGAACAGGCGCGCGAGGCCGGGUCGGCGGGCGGAAGCGGCUCGCACGCCAGGCGCCGCCAUGCCCGGGGACCAUCGCCGCAUCCGCGGGCCCGAGGAGUCGCAGCCGCCGCAGCUGUACGCGGCCGACAAGGAUGAGGCGCCCGCCGCCCGCGACCCGACGCGGCUGCGGCCCGUGUACGCGCGCGCAGGGCUGCUGAGCCAGGCCAAGGGCUCGGCCUACCUGGAGGCGGGAGGCACCAAGGUGCUGUGCGCCGUGUCCGGCCCGCGGCAGGCCGAGGGCAGCGAGCGCGGUGGCGGCCCGGCCGGAGCGGGCGGCGAGGCCCCGGCCGCGCUGCGCGGCCGCCUGCUCUGCGACUUCCGCCGCGCGCCCUUCUCCGGCCGCCGGCGCCGCGCGCCCCCGGGCGGCGGGGAGGAGCGCGAGCUGGCGCUGGCCCUGCAGGAGGCGCUCGAGCCGGCGGUGCGCCUGGGCCGCUACCCGCGCGCGCAGCUCGAGGUGUCGGCGCUGCUGCUCGAGGACGGCGGCUCGGCGCUGGCCGCCGCGCUCACGGCCGCCGCGCUCGCCCUGGCCGACGCGGGCGUCGAGAUGUACGACCUGGUGGUGGGCUGCGGCCUGAGCCGCACCCCGGAGCCGGCGCCCACCUGGCUGCUGGACCCCACGCGACUCGAGGAGGAGCACGCCGCCGCCGGCCUCACCGUGGCGCUCAUGCCUGUGCUCAACCAGGUGGCCGGGCUGCUGGGCAGCGGGGAGGGCGGCCCGCCCGAGAGCUGGGCCGAGGCGGUGCGCCUGGGCCUGGAGGGCUGCCAGCGCCUCUACCCCGUCCUGCAGCAGUGCUUGGUGCGGGCUGCCCGCCGGAGGGGCGCCGCCGCGCCGUCCUGAACCAGAAGCCUGGGCAACGACGGACGCGGAGGGCCGAGCUGCCGCCGUCCCCUAAAAGACCCGUGCCGUCAGCUUCCAGACUGCACGGAGCUGAGAACUCGGAGGGCUGGACAGGAUCCGAGGAGGCGUGCACAGAGCUAAUGCACUGGACAGCUGUGUUCGAACAGUUUUUGAGAGACUUCCGUUAAAGAAACUUUGCUACUUGAGCUGGUGCUUCCCAGCUACGACCCGAAGAAACUUGCGAAUGCGGCCUGACUCCCAAGUUGGAAAGGACUUUUCAGCUGGACUCGCCUGGAAAACGGGACUUGGAGCUUUUGUCUUGUAAGGGAUGGACCCUAUGCAGGCCAGCUAGUGACUCCCUUCUAUGUAAUUGGUCUGCUCUUGAGAGAACGGACAAGGGGCUGUGCCUACUCAUUUAUAUCUGAGCUAAAACAAACUCCUUUGUAUCUGGAAAAGUGUUCUAUUGUCGUUCUUCUCGGCAGUGAAUUUAAAGGAGCAAGACUUUUGCACCGAGUAGUGGACCCCUGGGGUCGAGGGCUUGGGACGGCAUUGCCUUGAAUGUGUCCUGUUCCUUAGACCGACAUAAGCAGAAGAAACCGGCUGAAACGGAAGGAGGUGCAGGGUGUGGGGGAAUGAGCCUUGAAGGAGGAGAAGCUGCCCCUUGAGUACCAGAGUUGGCCACUGGUGAGGGGGCAGCCGCCUGCGCCCAUGGCUGCCCAGCUGCAUCUGGUCCCUGGUCUGGGCUAAUUGUUACUCUCGGUUGAAAACUUCCAUUUUGAGGCCUGGACUGGACUCGUUCUUACGGAGACGUCAUUCAGCAGUUCAGCGGCCACCAGAACCCCAUCGCCACCCUGCCCUUCCUCUGGGCACCAUCCUGAGGGCUCGAGCUAUGGCCACCGCCACCCACCCACUGCUGCCCCAGACCCAGGCGGCUCCGGCGCCCCCCGCCCCCCCCCACGAAGGGCUUCAUCCUCCCUCCUGGAAUCCCCUGGGCCAGAUCAUUACAAAACCCCUAGAGUCUCCCAUGAGACACGUGGCAAACCAACAGACCGCAUAGGCAGCUCUGCGUCACUGAAGAAACACCAGGUUAAAGAACCGAGCGUUACCCAGGAGCAGACAGCUGCUCAUCAGCCCAGAACAAAAGCAGUGGCAAAGCCACCCACCCUGGCACACUCACAGGGUGACACACACCCUCAGGCAGGUGCUGGCAGGGAGAGAUUGGGCCUCAUCUGUGUCAAGGUCAAGCUGAAGGUGCAGAGACUUUUCGGAGCAGCCCCCAGCUCAGCCCUGCCAUCUCCCUUCCGGGAAGCCAAGGCAAACCGAAAAGCAACCAGAACCUUCAGCACAGGGCAUUUACACAGUGUGGUUCCUCACAGCAAACACUUGCCCUACCGCCGCCUCCACCGCAAGGUGGAGACCACCCGAGUGCCCGCAGGGGAGCCAGGAGCUGAGUGAGGCCACCACAGAUGCCCGGCUCAGGGGACGCGCUGUCCUUACGCCUGUGAAGAUGGCAUAUUGGCUGGCAGAAUUUGGUGAGCUCUUUUCUGAAAUCGUUUCAAGAGUUCCUAACAUUUUCUUUAAGCUUCCCAAGUUAGGGGCAAGAUUUCAUCCAGGCAAGUUCCCAUUUGCUACUUCCCAAACAUCUCUAGCUGGAAGAAGCCCCCAGGCACCACGCAGGUGGGGCUUCCCGGGGAGGACCUGGCCCCAGGUGGGAGGUAGGGCACCGGUCUCUGUCAGCAGGGUGGUGCUGGGUGCAGGGUGACCAGGGCCCUGGGAAUGAACUGGGUCAUCUCCCUCAGUUUACAGACAAAACUUGAGGCCAAGGGAGAAGAGACUUCCAGAUGCCACAGUGAGUAGUCUGAGCUGGCCUCCUGGGGAUCUUGUUCCAUCUCAGGGGAACCCAGAGCGUCGGACAAGCCAGCCACCAGCCUCCCUCCCCGGCAGGCUGCGGGCAGCCCUGGAGAGACUCACCAGGAGAUGGCUGUGCCCUGAUGUCUCUUCUGGCCCGGCUGGGCUGGGCCUGGCCUGGGCUCUCCGGCCAUGUCGAAGUCUGAAGAGAGAACAGGAGAGCAGGGCAGAGCCUGAGAGGACGGAGGGAGGGGUGCAGAGGAAGGGCCCAGGUGCCCAUGGGCCCCACUGGCUUCCAGGCUGGCCCUUCCCUGCUCCGCCGCUCCGAGGCCGUGGAUACUGCUCUGUAAGAGGCAGCGCGGCAGAGCAUGGCCCCCGUCAGUGGGCAGCCCCGCCUGGCCUCCCUCACACCCCGAACCCACAAUGGGAACCAGCCCCAUCGCCCGUGGCCUGGAAUUGGGGGUGGUACCCAGGAGGGAAGGAGGGAAGAAGGCAGGAGGGAAGAUAUUCGUGAUCUCCGUGUCCUCUGAGGAGACCCCUAGCCCUGGCCAGAGUCAAUGCUCGAAUGUCCUCUUGCUGCCCGUCUGCCUGCCCACUUGCCCGCCUGCUGCUGGCCCACGCGCCCCAGCUGCCUGUGGGCCGAGCCCCGGGGGCCGGCCGCGGCGGAGCUGGCCAGGGCGGCUCUGAGUGAGGAGCAAAGCCCGCAGCUGGCCGGGGCUGGGGAUGGACACCCCCCUGCCCUCUCUCAGUGGCGGAGGCAAGAGUCCGCUGAACCCAUGCAGGGGAGGGCUGAGACGUCCAGCGAGGCGGCCUCUGUGCACCUGUCACGGCAGAUCUUCUCGUUUCUGGGCUCCUCUCCUCUCGUGUUCAGCACUGGAGAGAGCAGCACUGCGCUCAUGGCAGAGGGAGGGGCUUCUCUUCACCCCGGACCCCCCCUCGGUGCUCAGGGCCUGGCACUCAGCAGGCACCCAUUGAUGUCUGUGGGAUACGUGGAUGGAAGCCCAUUAAAUCAUUCCAUUUUUUGUUUGGAGUUUGGAUCAGACCCCAGAGUUUCGCUUGUGACUUCAGGGCCCCUCCCUGACCCCACCCCCUUUCUUCCUCAAUCUAUGAUCGUCAUCUGUGGUCUACCGUGGCUGCCAAGACGGUAACGAAUGUGAGCCUUCUCCUUUUCCCAUCCUCAAGACUUCAUGCCAUACAAGCGCCGAGCGCACUCACUCAGCACCUGCUUGCUUGCUUUCUGGGAGGAGUAGGAGACUGGCAACAGUGUCCCCGAGGCAUUGACGAUCCAGACUGAGUGUUUAAUUGGGAGGAAGUUGGCAGUUUGUCACCGUGGACUUUCUCUUUCAUUGGUGGUCCUGAUUCAUCCCCUCAAGGACACAUCACACAAAUGACCGUGCGCCAAGGUAAAUGCCCGCACUUCCUUCUUGCCUGGCUUUCUGUGUCUUUUCCUUUGGCAUAUCUUUAUACCUGUGGUCACCUUCACAUUUGCAAUAUCCAAAGGGGACAGAAAAUCACACCCAUGUAUACCACACAGGGCAUGGACACAUAGAAAUGCCUACUGUGCCCAAGAUGGAAGGGUCAAGUGGGAAAAACCAUUUAUGGCCCCCAGAUUGCCAGUCAUGGGCUAAUUAUUGCAAGGGGGCUAGUGGAGUAUCUGGGAAGUUCGUCAUCAAUGGCAAACCUUGUCUGAUAUGUAAUGGGCAUCUUCCUGGGCACCUGCCACUUUCAGCCCAGAGCAGACAAGCCUGGGUGCAUGGCUGGGCCCCACCCCCACUCAGGGGCUGUAUUAAUCAAGAUUCUCCAGAGAAACAGAACCAGUAGGAGGCAUAUACCGAAAGAGAUUUAUUAUAAGGAAUUGGCUCACAUGAUUAUGGAGGCUGACAAAUCUCAAGAGCUGCAGUCAGCAAACCAGAGACCCAUGAGAGCCAAUGGCAUAGUUCCAGUCCAAAGACCAGCAGGUCUGAGACCUAGGAAGAGCCAAAGUUUCAGUUCAAGUCUGAAGGCAGGAAAAACAAAACAAAACAAAAACGGAUGUCCCACUCCAAUGGCAGUCAGGCAGGAAGAGUUCCCUCUUGCUCUUGGGAAGGUAAACCUUUCUAUUCUAUUCAAGCCUUCAACUGAUUGGAUGAGGCCCACCCACAUUGGGGAGGGCAAUCUGCUUUACUUAGCCCCUUCAAAUGUUUCAUCCGAAAACACUUUCACAGACUCACCCAAAAUAAUAUUUGGCCAAAUCUCUGGCCACCUUGUGGCCCAAAUUGAAACAUAAAAUUAACUAUUACAGGGACCAAGCGCUGGAAACAGGUGGAGGUCUGUGCUCCAUAUUCAUCUCUCACAAAGGGACAUGCCCUCUUGCAUUCCCCCAGGCUGUGAGUGCCUGAUUCAUGAAACACAGACAGUCAUAAUGAAUGACAGCAGAUGACACAAGGACAGGGGACAUCAGCAGUCAGGUGGGAAGAAAGCAGAAGACAGAAACAGACCAAGUGGAUGGAAGGACUAGAAUAAGGACAGAGGAGAGAAGCAGAAGGGGGUGGAUAUAUUGGACAGCUGAUCUUCAGAGUUCCCCCGAGCUGACUCCCACAUGUGUCCAUCCUGAAUUAAUCAAACAGAUGCAAAGUAGUUCACUGAUUUUCAUGGAGCUCCCAGGAAGAAAGGAAAGGGUCAUUGUAUCAUCUCCAGUACUAAAAUAUAUUGCAAGCAGCAGCCAGCAAUGAUUGAAUUCCAACAAUCUCCUGGACGUUGUGCUGCAGACUUCACACCCAUCAUCUCAACCGUCAUGGCAGCUUUGCAGGGCAGAUGCUGUUGGUACCCCCAUUGGACUGUAUCCAGCGUCAGGUGGAGAGCAAGCUGAGAGGAGCAGUGGGAUCUCCGGCCCCUGCAACCACUACCGUGUUACAAAAAAUCAGAGGACUUACUUGAAGGUGCCCAGGGGAUCAGCUGGAAGCAGAGUCUGGUUCAGGGAGCACCUCCGGGCUGCGAUAUCUUGGCGCCGGAUGGCUCCAUGACCCACUCCAAAAGGGGGCGAGAACCUGGUGAGGGCUUGGGCUGACGAGGGUAGCACUGCAGGCUGGGGUCCUGGAUAUACCAGGUGGCUUCUUGCAGUGGACACGAGUCAUUCUUUGAGCCACUUCACAUCUGAGCCCCCUUCCUGUGUUACAGGUAUCCCCUAGCUUGGAGAUAGAAACUGCCUCCCAGGAAAAGAGCUGAAAAUGCCCCUUUCUGCCUCCCUUUCUUCGCCUUCCUUGCCCCUAGGGCCUGGGCACACUACGUGGCUCCUGCCAUCAGACCCAUGGGCCUCACUUUGAAUUUGAGUGGUCAGUGUGACGCAGCUUGUCCCAGCACGUGAUGGUGACAACGGCAGCAGCUACCUCCAGCCCCGUCCCACGUUGGUGACGCUGACUGUGGCGUCUGCGGCAGGGGCAGUGAGGUGCCUUCCAGGCCUGAUCCUCUGGCCUUUCCCAGAGCUCCUGGGAACUCACCAGUCUCUUUGGCAAAUUCCUUUUCUGUGUAGAGUCGCCAGGAUCAGUUUCUGUUGCUUAAAACAAGAACCUUGAUUGAUACAAAAUAGGACUCCUGCGUGGAAGGAGCGAGAAGCCCAGGGGGAAACGGGGGCGAUCUAAGGCUGGGUAGUGGCCAGAGGACGGUGAAAAUCCUGCUAGCAUUAAGGGACAGGAUACCGGCAGCCCAUGGCAUGCCAUGGUGAGACACUUAAUCCUGCGGUCCCCCAGAACAAAGCGUCCCUCAAAGGCAGGGCUUUGGGGAUCUGGUGGCUCCUGACAUAGAAGAGUAUACAGAUUACCCCAAAGUCAGGGGCUGUUGGUCAGAGGGUUUUGCUAAUGGCACCACACAGCUUGAAGGAAAGAAAGACAAGCUCAGGGGCGCCUGGGUGGCUCAGUCAUUAAGCGUCUGCCUUCAGCUCAGGUCAUGAUCCCAGGGUCCAGGAAUCGAGCCCCGCAUCGGGCUCCCUGCUCCGAGGGGAGCCUGCUUCUCCCUCUCCCUCUGCCUGCCGCGCUGCCUACUUGUGCUCUCUCUCUCUCUGUCAAAUAAUAAAAAAAAAAAUCUUAAGGAAAAAAAAAAGACAAGCUCAGAGCCCAAAUUCUCUGCUCAAGGCAUGGUUAGAAAACCAGGGAAUUUUUAUAUCUUGCAGCUACAAGGAUGAGAGAGUGAGAAAACCAAUCUUAACAGCUUGAUCAAUGGCUAGGAACUGACACCAUCAGGUGGCCUCAUACCCUUGCCUGGUCUCUAACUGGGAAAGAAUGGAGAGUAGAGGGCAGAGGCCAUCAGAACGGGGCUCUUUGGGAAGGUGGAAGACUUAGGUGCUCCCCCGCCCCCAGCUUCCCUUGCCAGCAGCAGCUACCUCUUGAUCUCUUGAUCGUUCUGAACACCCUGGAGGCAGGAACCUGCUGGCUACUUGCCAAACCCAUACCCCUUCCCUGGGUGCAUAUCUAGGUGGAGCUUCUUGCCCUCCCUCACGGUUAGUGGGCUACGGGGCUGAGGGGCAGCCACCAGCUAGCAUUUCCUUAAACAAUACACCCCCUAAUGACUUGCAGUGAAGGAGUCCCCUUGUGAGCUCUCUCCCACCACCCCUUGUUUUCUCUGGACGGAAAUAACAAGUCAGACCCUUGCAGGCCCCAGGGAGCUGAUGACUUCAAAUCCAGAAGGAGGAUAUUGAAUCACCAAAAGAACUGAGGGAUUUUGCUAAUUUAUAUUGGCAAAAACCUGGCAAAGUGAUCAGGGGACGGAUUCUGAGGUUGGAGGAUGGGGGUAGGAAGAAUGUGAAAUGGGGUUGAAUGUAUAGAUACUUCGGAUUCCGUGGGGCCAGUCUGAGUAGCUGGGAUGGUUCUGAUUGUUUGCUCAGAUGGUUGCUUGAAACUUGGACUUAAUUGUGGCCGCAUAACCUAAGCUAAUAGUGAAGAAGAAGAAAAAUGAGCCUAAAACUUAGCAUUUACUACCCACCAGGCACAGUUUUAAGCACUUAAUACUUAUUUCACAAAUUUACUUAGCAAGUAAGGUUUAGAUGGUGUUCUGUGGAUGAAGGAAUCGAAAAAAUUAGGGCAUGAGCUCAACUGAGCUGAUGUUCAUCCAUGUUUACUGGUUUCGGGCUCUGGUCCAGACACUUUAGUGUACCAACUCAAUUCCUGAUUCUCAUUUUUAAAAAAUGUUUUAAAGAAAUUUGUGUAUUUAUUUGAGAGAGAGCGAGAGCAGAAGCGGGGGGAGGGGCAGAGGGACAGGGAGAAGCAGGCUCCCCGCUGAGCAGGGAGCCCCGACGUGGGGCUCAAUGUGGGGCUCGAUCCCAGGACCCUGAGGUCUUGACCUGAGUCAAGGGCAGGUGCUUUAACCCAGUGAACCACCCAGGGACCCCAAUUAUCCUCAUUUUACAGGAGAACGUGAGGCAGAGAGAUGUCUUAGGGCGACCUGGGACUGAGGGGUUUCCCAGCAUGUAGAACAUGGAAUGCUAAGACCCAGACAGUUCCGGGCAGACUGGGGUGACUGGUCUCCUUGUUAAGUAACUUGCCCAAAGGAACACGGUAAGUGGCAGAACCUGUCCUGAAAUUCAGGUGUUCUGACUUUAGGCUCAAACUCUCCACCUCUGCUGGUGGUUCUUGCGUCUGAAGAUCCUGCGUCUCAAGUAGCUGGAGA